AUGGACGCACAUUGUGCUGAUGAAUACCAGGUUGCUGAAACGUUCAGUCUUGUCGAUGCCACUAUCUCAGAGCUCGAGCAUGCCUUGAGUGCAGGAUGGAUCACAAGCGUGGAUCUGGUAGCUAGAUAUCUCCGGCGGAUCAGUGUAUAUGAUGCAGCUGGCCUUAGCUUGAGUGCCAUUCCUAUUAUCAACCCCACUGCGUUCGAUGAAGCCGCCGCGUCUGAUGCCCGUCGAGCUGCCGGUCUUCCCGUGCGGCCCCUCGAAGGCAUCCCUUACCUCGUCAAGGACAGUAUCAAAGUCAAAGGUAUGACAGUCGCCAGCGGUUCGCCCGCAUUCGAGAAACUGGUCGCUACAGAAGAUGCUGCGUGCGUCCAGGCUCUGCGGGAGUCUGGUGCGGUUCUCUUGGGAAGAACUAAUAUGCCCGCAAUGGCAUAUGGAGGCAUGCAGCGAGGCUCGUACGGCCGCGCGGAAAGUCCAUAUAACCCGGAGUACUUGACCGCAGCAUAUGCGUCAGGUUCUUCUAACGGGUCUGCAACAGCCACCACAGCCAACUUCUGUGCGUUUAGCUUAGGCUCCGAGACUGUAUCCUCAGGCAGAUCACCUGCUUCCAAUAACUCCAUUAUUGCCUAUACCCCAUCGAAGGGUCUGUUGCCUCUCCGUGGGGUGUGGCCUCUGUAUCCGACUUGCGACGUUUUGGUACCCCAUACCCGCACCAUGUCGGACCUCUUCAAGGUUCUCGAUGUUCUUGCCGUUGUCGACAAGACACCUUCAGGGGACUUCUGGAAUGAGCAGAAGGUUGUUCCCUUACCUUCAGUGGAGACAAUUCGACCUCCCUUAUUUGAUGAGCUAAAGGACAGCUCUGCCCUUCGUGGAAAACGGAUCGGUGUGCCUUCCAUGUAUAUCGGUGGCAAGGACCCUCUCCCGGAUAAAGUAUGCACGAGACCUUCUGUGCUCAAGCUUUGGGAGAGAACUAAAGGUGCUUUGGAAGCAUGUGGCGCUACAGUUGUGGAGGUUGACUUCCCAAUGGUAUCCACUUACGAAGCUAGAGCAAGUCUAGGAGAGCUAGUGAGUGUCGAAGGCCUUCCAGAAGGCUGGCACUCAGUGGAAAGAUGUCAGCUUGUGGCUCACUCCUGGGAUGACUUCCUAGCCGCCAACGGCCAGCCUGGACUUGAUUCGCUUGCCUGUGUAGACCCAGAAACUAUCUUUCCUCUCGCACCCGGUUCUCUUCGCGGAACCCCUGAUGCCGCAAACCAGCUUAGAUGGCACGAGAUGGUCAAAUAUCCAAAGAACAAGCCCGAUUCGAUCUUAGACAUUCCGAACCUAAACCAGGCUAUUAAAGCCUUGGAAAACGCACGAAAGAAGACAUUCGAGCAAUGGAUGGACACACAGGGCCUUGAUGCAGUGGUCUUUCCCGCUAAUGGUGAUAUUGGCCGCGCAAACGCAGAUGUGGAUCCUGAAGCUUCUCUGUACGCUUGGAAAAAUGGCGUGAAGUACUCUAACGGGAACCGGGAGAUCCGUCAUCUUGGUAUUCCCACCGUGUCUGUUCCGAUGGGCGUGAUGGAGGACACAAAUAUGCCAAUCAACUUGACGUUCGCAGGAAAGGCAUAUGAUGACACUAAGCUGCUGCGUUAUGCGUAUGCAUAUGAGGAAUCCACACAUUAUCGCCAAGUGCCGCCUCGUGUGCCAGGGCUGGACUCUGAUCUUGUUCAUACGACUGGAAAGCAACAUUCCUCUGCUCAGGGUCAGAUAGAACUACCCGGAGUCACAGUUACAGAUCAGUCCAAGCACAUCAAAGAUUCUACUGUGUAUGUUGAGGUCAAAGGAACUGGUAAAAUGCUAUUACUGUGA